AUGCUCGCCAAGUUCAACACGGCCGCCGCCCUCGUCGCGGCCGCCGCCGUCAGCCAGGUCUCUGCCCAGACCUUCCAGCGUCUGGGCGGCUGCCCUGAUCUCGGCUGCGUCCUGCCGCCCGACCAGAGCGACUUCCUCCCCGGCCAGCUGUUUGAUCUCCGCGUCGAGGUCCACGCCCCCGUCAACGGCUCCGAGGCGGCCCACAACGGCAAGCCCGACGAAAAGUUCAAGGUCACCAUCACCAAGGAGGGCGGCAAGCCCAAGGACUUUGCCCAGGCCUUCAACAUUGCCGAGCCCCAGCUCGAGAAGUGGCAGUUCAAGUGGUUCGAGGACCUCUACGCCGAAGACGCCAAGACGCCCUCGGUCGUCAACGUCGCCGCCAAGGCCUACCGGACCAUUGCCCUCUACGAGCCCGGCAAGUACCAGGUCACCCUCGACUACUACAAUGGCAGCAAGACCACUGCCAACUGGGUCGUCCGCGACAUCUCCAAGGAGCGCAAGGCCAAGAACGUCAUCUUCUUCAUUGGUGACGGCAUGACCACCAACAUGAUCACCGCUGCCCGUCUGCUGGGACACCAGAGCAUCAACGGAAAAUACCAGUCUGUCCUCAAGAUGGACCAGUUCCCCGUUGUUGGUCACCAGAUGACUCACUCCCUCGACUCCUACAUUACCGACUCUGCCAACUCUGCUUCUGCUCUCUACACUGGCCACAAGAGCACUGUCAACGCCAUGGGCGUCCACGUCGACUCUUCCGCCGAUGCCUUUGACGACCCCAAGGUUGAGACAAUUGUCGAAGUCUUCCAGCGCGUUUGGUCCCAGGGUGGUGCUUGGGGUGCCGUUUCUACUGCCUUCCUCGCCGAUGCCACUCCCAUUGCCCUCACCGGUCACACCCGCAAGCGCGCCGAGUAUGGCGCUCUCAUCGACCAGGCCCUGAACGGUGUUACCAACUGGACCUGGACUGCCAACAACGGUCCCGACGUCUUCUUUGGCGGCGGUGCCGAGCAGUUCAUCCCCGGCAAGGGCUCCUACAAGGGCAAGGACUACUACCAGGAGUUUGCCAAGAAGGGCUACACCGUCAGCCUGAACAAUACGGCCCUCCAGGCUGUCGACAAGAGCAAGCGUGCGCUCGGCGUCUUCAGCCAGAGCAACCUGCCCGUCUGGCUGGACCGCAACGUGUACAAGGACAACAUCAAGAAGCUGACCAACGACCCCUCGGGGAAGAACAGCUCCGCCCUUGACAUUCCUGGCCUCAAGGAGAUGUCGGUCAAGGCCGUCGAGAUUCUCGCCACUCGUGGCAAGGAGAAGGGCUUCUUCCUCAUGUCCGAGGGUGCUUCCAUUGACAAGCAGAUGCACACUCUGGACUACGACCGUGCCCUGGCUGAGCUCCUGGAGAUGGACGAGGCCAUCAGCGCCACCAUCAAGAAGCUCGAGGAGCUUGGCAUCCGUGACGAGACUCUUGUCCUUGUCUCCGCCGACCACGGCCACGGCUUCGAUGUCUAUGGCUCUGCCGAUACCAAGUACCUCAAGGAGGCCCCCGACCAGCGUGGCAAGCGCCGUGCCAUUGGCACCUACGAGAAGUCUGGUCUGUCUCAGUACCACAAGGCCGACGGCCUCACCUACGGCACCGGCGCCAACUUCCCUACGAACUGGGAGCCCCGUUACGCCAUUGCCGGUGGCGUUGCCGCGCACCCCGAUAUCCGCGAGAACUUCAGCGUCCACAAGAACGGUCCCCGCAACCCCUCGGUCAAGAUUGGCGACGAGUACUUCGCCAACCCGAGCGACAGCCCCAACGGCUUCGUCGUCAACGGCACCUUCAGCACUGACGAGUCUGUCGGUGUGCACUCGCUGACCGAUGUCCCCGUCUACGCCUGGGGCCCGUGCCAGGACACCUUUGGCGGCACCUAUGGCAACGUGGACAUCUUUUACAAGAUUGCCGCCUGCCUGGGUCUCGCCCGCCACGAGGCCGGCACGCCGCCCCGCCCCGGUACCCCCGGCGGCAACAGCACCAGCACCGUCAAGCCCAACCCCGGCUCGACCAGCGCCGCGGGCCAGACGAGCACCAGCCUCCCUGCUUGUGCCCUUCCCAAGCCCAGCCCAUAG